AUGUCGACACUGCAAAGUAUCACUCAACUGGAUGAUCUCUCUAACCAUACGCGCCCCAAUGCUCGCUUCGAUCAUCCACCGCCCGACGCUGCAGAAGCAAUACCCGAUGGUGGCUACGGCUGGACUGUUGUCGCCGCCUGUUCAUUCAUCAUCUUCUGGAUCAACGGCUACACAACCGCCUGGGGCGUCUUGCAGACUGCGAUUGUGAAAUCACCUACUUUGCACUCCAAUGUGCGGACCAUCACCUUUGUCGGCGGCUUGUACAUGGCGUGUAUGGUAGCCUUCGGAAUUGCCUCGAUAAGAGUCAUAAGGUUUUUCGGUGUCCGCUAUACGGCUCUUGCAGCGACGACAGUAUUCGGACUGGGUUUAAUAGCUACAAGCUUUACACUUGAGCACCUCGGUGGUCUGUUCUCUAUCGCAGGACUCCUCGUUGGAGUUGGAACAUCUCUCCUGUAUACAAUGACCAACAGUUUACCGUUGCAGUGGUUCAGCUCCAAGCUGGGAAUUGCGAACGGCCUUGUCAAAGGCGGCGGUGGAGUAGGCGCAACGGUGCUUCCGCUCGCUGCACAGGUGCUCAUCGACAGGUUUGGGCUACAGUGGACAUUUCGCAUCUUUGGAAUUCUCAUCAUCAUCACCGGCAUCCCAUGCGCAUUGGCUCUCAAGGAACGUUCGACAACGGGAACCCUUUCAAGGUUCGAUUGGUCUCUCUUGAAGGACGUUCCCUUCCUGACGUUGACUAUGGCCGGCGCCGUAGGAGUCUUCGCCCUUUUUGUGCCGCCAUUCUUCCUGCCACUCUUUUCGAGUUCCAUCGGUCUGUCAGCAUCAACUGGCGCAGGCUUGGUGGGCGGGUUUGGUGCUGCAACGGCUGUAGGCCGCAUUUUGGGUGGGUGGACAUGCGAUCGGAUUGGUGCCUUCAAUACGACUAUGAUUACCUGCUUGGUCAACUCGAUCAGCAUGCUAGCGAUAUGGCCAGCGAGCACGUCACUGCCGCCCCUGUUUAUCUUUGCUAUCGUCAACGGAUGUGCGAAUGGUAGCUUCUUUGUCGGAUUGCCUACUGCUGUGGCUACGAUUGCACCACAUUCCGCGGCAGCGUCAAUCAGCUUAAUGGUUUUUUUUUGGACUCCAGGCAAUCUCUUGGGAGCGCCUCUCGCGGGUCUUCUAAUAGAAGCGACCGGUGCGGCCGAUGCUAUGUCUAUUGAGCCAUACAGGGCAGCCAUAUUCUAUGCCGCCGGAACAGGUAUCCUAGCUACGCUUCUCAUUGUAGCGGCACGACUGCGACUGGACACCAAGAUACUUAAGAAGCUGUAG